AUGUGCCACUUGGACAGAAUCUUGAAAUCUAAUCCGUUAAAUCAGUUAGAGCUCUGUGCUAAGCUUCAAUUCCCUCCUAUGGCUUUGUCCAGUACACGGAUUCAAAAAUUUCUACUGAACAAGAUUUACUGCAACUAUGACUAUAACAAGAUUGCGAGAAAGGAGGUCGUAGUUAAGGGUGGAAAGGGAAGAUGUUGCUCCGCGAUUGCAAUAGACGCACCGUCUUCAUUGACGAGUGCAUCGGGAAUUAGAUGGGGCUCGAUUAAGUUACAAGGAGCUCGCGAAGAAAUGGAAGACGAUAUUGUUAUUGUUCAAUCUGAUGAUCUUAAUGGGUUUUCUUUUGCCGCGGUUUUUGAUGGGCAUGCCGGAUUCUCCUCUGUUAAAUUCCUCAGGGAAGAACUAUAUAAAGAAUGCAUUGCAGUGUUACAAGGUCUACUGUUGAAUGGAAAGGACUUCAAAGCAAUUAAGGAUGCACUAGAAGAAGCCUUUGAAAGCUGUGAUGCAAAACUCUUAAAAUGGUUGGAGACUAGCGGGGAAGGUACUGAAUCUGGUUCGACAGCUACAGCUAUUUUUCUUCGGAACGAUGUGCUAUUCAUUUCACAUGUUGGUGAUUCGUGCGUGGCUCUCUCACGAUCUGGUAAAGCAGAAGUUUUGACGAAUUCUCACCGACCCUAUGGAAAUAACAAAGUUUCUCUUCAAGAAAUCAGAAGAAUCAGAGAAGCUGGUGGAUGGAUUAAUAAUGGAAGAAUUUGCGGAGACAUCUCAGUAUCCCGUGCUUUUGGGGAUGCUCGUUUUAAGACCAAAAAGAUAGAAAUGCUGGAGAAGGGAAUCGAGGAAGGCCGAUGGUCUGAAAAAUUUGCUUCUCGGGUAAAAUUUAAUGGAGACUUGGUUAUUGCCUCUCCUGAUGUUUCUCAACUAGCUUUAGGAUCAGAUACUGAGUUCAUAGUGUUAGCAUCAGAUGGCUUGUGGGAUUACAUGAACAGCUCCGAUGCUGUUAAUUUUGUAAGAAGUCAACUUAGACAACAUGGAGAUGUUCAGAUGGCUUCUGAAGCUCUUGCCCAGAUGGCUCUGAACCAAAGCUCGCAAGAUAACAUCAGCAUUGUCAUUGCUGAUUUGGGGCAAACAGAUUGGCAAAAUUUACCUAUGGAGCAACAAAAUUUUGUGUAUGAAUUGGGACAAGCUUUAGCUACAGUCAGUAUACUGUCACUUGGAAUAUGGAUGUCAACUCUGCUAUCAUAA